GUGUUUUUGGGGUGUUUUUGGGGUGUUUUUGGGGUGUUUUUGGGUUGCACGGGGAGGCCAAGCACAAAGCGUUCGAGAUGUCCUUCAAGGCCAAGGGGCUGCACCAUGACAAGGCCUCUGAAGCCUGCUGUGAGCUCUGUGGGUUGUACUUUGAGAACAGGAAAGCCCUGGCCAGCCACGCCCGCGCUCACCUGCGCCAGUUCGGGGUCACCGAGUGGUGCGUGAACGGUUCCCCCAUCGAGACCCUGCGCGAGUGGAUCCGGCACCGACCCCACAAAGCCGGCGCCUACCGCAGCUACAUCCAGGGGGGACGGCCCUUUUCCAAGAAAUUCCGGAAUUCCUCCCAUCCCCGGGGGGCUCUGGGGGCGCAGACCCCCCUGAACCCCUUCCUGGGCAAAGGAAUCGCGGCCGACGGAGCCGUCGGAGACGGGAAAGGGACGGACGGAGGCGGCGGCGAGAGGGGAGUGGGGACGGCGCUGCUGGUCAAAGUGGAGGAGCAGAGGAACAUCAGCAGUGAGUGAU